AGGCCUACAAUGGCCUACAUACAGCACGACACCGGCUUACCGCUAGUCUCAAAUCACCAUCACGAGCGCGCGCGCGCCCGUUCUGUUCUGUGGCAUUAAGUAGGUAAUAGUGUUUUUGUAGUGACAGCCCGUAUACCAGAUCCAACAUGAACAUUGCCCCAGUCGGUCCUCAACCCACCAACCUCACCUGCCCGUCAUGCCGCGCCUCUAUUGUGACACGGGUGGAUCACAAAGCAACCACAAAGACACACGUCAUCGCCUUGCUACUGUGUUUGUUCCUUUGCUGGCCUUGCGUGUGCGUGCCUUAUUGCAUGGAUUCCUGUAGGAAUGCCGACCACUACUGCCCAAGCUGCAACACCUACCUCGGAACUUACCAAAAAUAAUACCAAA